CUCCUAUUCGGAAGCAACCCUUUCAGCUCCGCUCUCCAUCUCUUCCUCUCUCUCUCUUUCUCUCUCUCUCCACCAGCCUCGACGACGCCAUCGGUCCGCUUGCCUCCUCCUCCCCUCCUCCUCGGAACCAAACGGAGAUCCUCACUUCGAGAAAUAUCUGCAGAAAUCUCUGAUCAUGUCGUCAGUGCAGCAGAAGCUCAUCACCCCCAUGGCCAGCGGACCCGCUGAGCCCCCCAGGAACAAGGUGACGGUGGUUGGGGUGGGCCAGGUGGGCAUGGCCUGUGCCGUCAGCAUCCUGCUGCGGGAUCUGGCUGAUGAGCUGGCUCUGGUGGACGUGAUGGAGGACCGUCUUAAAGGAGAGAUGAUGGACCUGCAGCACGGGAGCCUUUUCCUCAAGACCUCUAAGAUCGUCGCCGACAAAGACUACGCGGUGACGGCUAACUCCCGUCUGGUGGUGGUGACGGCCGGCGUGCGGCAGCAGGAGGGCGAGAGCCGCCUCAACCUGGUGCAGAGGAACGUCAACGUCUUCAAGAUGAUCAUCCCCCAGAUCAUGAAGUACAGCCCCAACUGCACCCUGAUCGUGGUCUCCAACCCUGUCGACGUGCUGACCUACGUGACCUGGAAGCUGAGUGGCCUGCCCAAACACCGCGUCAUCGGCAGUGGCACCAACCUGGACUCGGCCCGCUUCCGCUACCUGAUGGCCGAGCGCCUGGGCAUCCACGCCUCCGCCUUCAAUGGAUGGGUGCUGGGAGAGCACGGGGACACCAGCGUGCCUGUGUGGAGCGGUGCAAACGUAGCAGGAGUCAACCUGCAGAAGUUGAACCCCGACAUUGGAACUGACAUCGACAAGGAACAGUGGAAGGCCACACACAAGGCUGUGGUCGACAGCGCCUACGAGGUGAUCAAGCUGAAGGGCUACACCAACUGGGCCAUCGGCCUGAGUGUCGCCGACAUGACAGAGAGCGUCAUCAAAAACAUGAGCCGCAUCCAUCCCGUCUCCACCAUGGUCAAGGGCAUGUACGGCAUCAGUGAGGAGGUCUUCCUGUCUCUGCCGUGCGUGCUGAACAGCGGCGGGGUGGCCAGCGUGGUCAACAUGACCCUGACCAGUGAUGAGGUGGCCCAGCUGAAGAAGAGCGGCGACACACUUUGGGGCAUCCAGAAGGACCUUAAGGACCUCUGAGGGGACCCGGGACCCCCCCAUACUUCCCUACAGACCUCUGCCCAAUAGGAUAAUAGGGACACACUAGCACCAGCCAUGCCUACAUACAGGCACUAUAUGCGCGUGUAGACACACACACACACACACACACACACACACACACACACACACACACACACACAUACACCCACACUCCUCCUUUUCUCACUCCUCUCUUCCCUUUCACUGACACACUCUGUCACCCUAAAACAAAACACUCCCCUGUGCCCUUGCAGCUACCAGGCUGUGGUUGGUGUUUUACUGUUCGUGUUAUGAAAAAGCGGUGUAAAAAGACCCAGGGUGAAUUGUGUUACCUCCCACAGAGUCCUGUGUUGCAGCCAUUUUGGGCCAUGACCAAAAGUAACCAAUAGAAGUUGUCAUACCGUAGAUGGGUUCUCCAGUUAUUUGUUUUGCACUCGUCAAGUCAAGUUUAUUUAUAUAGCACAUUUCAUUUGACAGGCGUAGACUCAAUGUGCUUGAAGAUAAAAAGAAAAAAAACAGAAAGAAAAAAAUAGGCAAAGAUCAUACCUGACAAAAACAUGUGUCAUUCAUUUCACUCCCUGUGAGAAAUCACGCAAAGAUCCUAAAAUGAGAGGAAAAACGUGCCUCUUUCCUUUGUCUAGCGAUGGAAGCUUGUGGAAGGGAAUUAACCUGUAGAGAGAGCUAACUCUGCAUGAUUCGACUGAUCCGUGUGAAUUUCCUCUCAGUGGGAGAUGGAGAUACGACUGAAGAAUUGAAAUGUUCAAACUGGAUUGUUGUUCAAAUAAAAGGAAAAUCUGUAAACAUUGACUGUGAUUGUCACACGUGAUGUAAAUUGUGUUGGAGCAACUUAAUAAAUAUGAACCUGAUGAGCGAU